AUGAGUAAUUCAAGAAUAGAAUACAAAGUUGAGGUGUUAGUGAAUAGUACGUUGUCAUAUUCUAACGAAUACAAAACUUUUGUAUGUCUCUGCUUAAUUCUAGGUCUGUAUCCUCCUACCAGUGGGAAGGCUUACAUUAAUGGAUAUGACACCUCAAAGGACAUGGUCCAGAUCAGGAAAAGCUUGGGCUUGUGUCCCCAGCAGGAUCUGUUAUUUACUUACUUAACUGUAUCAGAACAUCUUUAUUUCUAUUGUGUGAUAAAAGGAAUACCUCAAAAGCUACGUUCUAUGGAAAUCAAUCAUAUGCUGUCUGCUUUUAACCUGCUAGAAAAGCGUGAUGCAUUUUCACAGUCUCUGAGUGGAGGAAUGAAGCGCAAACUCUCCAUCAUUAUAGCCCUGAUAGGGGGCUCCAAGGUGGUGAUACUUGAUGAGCCAACUUCUGGCAUGGACCCAGUAUCAAGGAGGGUCACAUGGGAUCUCCUUCAGCAGUAUAAACAAGAUCGUACCAUCCUACUGACCACCCAAUAUAUGGAUGAAGCUGACGUCCUGGGUGACCGCAUUGCCAUCAUGGUCAGGGGAACUCUGCAGUGCUGUGGCUCUUCAAUCUUCCUGAAGCAAAUAUAUGGUGUAGGAUACCACAUAGUCAUGGUGAAGGAACCUCACUGUGAUGUUGAAGAAAUCUCCAAAUUGAUUCAUAAUCAUAUACCAGUAGCCACUUUGGAGAACAGUGUUGGAAGUGAAUUAUCAUUUAUUCUACCCAAAGAGUACACACACAGGUUUGAAAUUUUGUUUACUGAUCUUGAAGAGAGACAGAAAGAGCUGGGCAUUGCUAGCUUUGGUGCCUCUAUCACGACCAUGGAAGAAGUCUUUCUUAGGGUCAAUAAUAUGGCAGAUUCACGAGUUGUCUCACAUAUCCAGAAACCCUUCCUUCACGAGAAUCAGAAUGUGAAUGCUUCCACAUAUUUUGAGACAGUAGAUUGUUCCACCACUACUGAAAACUCUACUAUUAGAUUCAAUACUGGGUGUUCCCUCUACUCCCAGCAGUUCCGAGCCAUGUUCAUAAAGAGGGCGCUGUUCAGCUGGCGCAACUGGAAGCUGGUGUUGCUACAGAUACUGGGACUUCUAGGUGUCAUUACUUUUCUCUUAAAAGUUGAUGACUUUUCAAAGGAGAAUGAUGAGAUUACCAGAAAUAUGAAUUUGGGUCAAUAUGGUCAAACUAUUGUGCCUUUAUCCAUUUCUGGGAAUUCUAAUUUGACUGUGAAUCUUGUAAAACACCUUGAGAACAUGCUAAGGUCUGAAAAUCAAAUACUUCGGAAGGUGCAAGGUGACCUACUGAAUUACUUGAUGGAAAAUAAAGAUUGCAUUCGCUUAUGCAUUGUUGCACUGUCCAUUGAAGAGAAAGCAAAUGAAAUAGUAUUGACUGUUCUUUUUAACAAUGAAGCAUACCAUUCACCAUCUGUAUCCCUGGCAGUGUUAGACAACAUUCUCUUCAUGUCACUUUCUGGUCCUGAUGCUUCAAUAACAGUCUCCAAUAAACCUCAGCCAUAUCAUGACUUUAAUGACUUUGUUGAAAAUGCCUCAAAUGGUGGCUUUGUGGCCGUAAAUGUGCAUUUUGGCAUGGCGCUUUUGAUUAGUGGAUUUUGCCUCCUGACAGUGACUGAGAGAGUCACUAAGGUGAAGCAUAUCCAGCUUGUGACUGGGAUCUAUGUCUUUAUAUACUGGUUUUCUGCUCUGCUGUGGGAUUUCAUCAUCUUCUUCAUUUCCUGCUGCCUCCUGCUGGUGAUAUUAAAAUACUGCAAAGUGGAUGUAUUUGUCAUGGAUGACAAUUCUCUAGAUACAAUGAUGCUCCUCAUGCUGUAUGGCUGGUCUGCCAUUCCCCUCAUGUACUUGAUGAGUUUUCUAUAUUCUGAAAGUACUACUGCCUACAUCAAGCUUGUCCUAUUCAACUACUUUUCAGGAAUUUUUAGUCUCCUUAUUGACAUCACGUUGCAAUACAACCUUGAAACUAAAAUUUCAAAUGGCACCAGAACCUUCAUACUAAAUGCAUUACUGCUGUUUCCCAAUUACAACCUUGCAAAGGCCCUCGAGGAUUAUUCUAACAUCUACCAUGAGAAGGCAUUGUGCUACCGCCUAGAACACCCUGCUCCUUACGUAGAUUGUAGUAAAAUAAAAAUUAAGAAUGUUUAUUCUUUGAAAGAGAAUAUGAUUGGGAAGUACUUGAUUACGAUGAGUACUCUAGGCUUUUUUUUAUUCCUCUUAAUUUUCAUUUGGGAGUUUACUUUGUGGAAACUAAAAAUAUUUAUCAGUCAACACAUAUGCUUUGGUAUCUACAAGAAAUUCAAGAAGAAUAUAAUUUCCAAGGAAUUAACUGGGGAAUCUGAAGAUGAAGAUGUAGAAAAGGAAAGGAAGAGAGUCGUGGAGCUUCCUCAGGAGGAGCUGAAUGCCACAGUACUUAUUAAGGAACUCACAAAGAUAUAUUUUAAGUGUCCAGCUAUUCUGGCUGUAAAAAAUAUCUCCCUUACAAUACAAAAAGGAGAGUGCUUUGGAUUGCUUGGAUUUAAUGGAGCAGGAAAAAGCUCUCUUUUCCAAAUGCUGGUUGGAGAAAAGACUGCUACCUCUGGAGAUUUGUUCAUUGAAGGCUUUAGCAUCACCAAUAAUAUCCUAAAGGUGAGGUCGAAAAUUGGCUAUUGCCCUCAAUCUGAUGCCUUGCUGGACUACAUGACUGGCCGGGAAAUAAUGAUCAUGUAUGCCAGAAUAUGGGGAGUCUCUGAGCCUCAUGUUAAUGUGUAUGUGAACUACUGGUUGAGCUCGCUGCGUCUGGAGUCCCAUGCUGACAAGUUUAUCUACACCUACAGUGGAGGAAACAAACGUAGACUGAGUACUGCUAUCGCAUUAAUGGGAAACCCCUCAGUCAUCUUCCUGGAUGAGCCAUCAACAGGCAUGGACCCAGUAGCUCGGCAUCUGCUUUGGAAGCUAGUAACAGAGAUACGUGAAACUGGCAAAGCUAUCAUCAUAACCUCCCACAGUAUGGAGGAGUGUGAAGCCCUUUGUACCAGGCUAGCCAUAAUGGUGAAGGGGAAAUUCAUGUGUCUGGGCAGCCCUCAGCACCUCAAGAACAAGUUUGGCCAAGUUUACAUCCUAAAGGCCAAGGUCAAACCUGAUUUAGAUGAAGACAAAUUAGAAGAUUUUAAAAUUUUCAUCUCAAAAACCUUUCCAGUUCGAGGCUUCCCUUCAGAAACUGAUUUCGAUAACUAUAUUAAGUAUGACUACAGGUCUCACAAAGUACUGGCUGCCAUUGUUUUUGAGUAUGAUUUCAAAAACAGCAAUGACCCCCUGCCACUUCAGAUGUUACCAUUCUCAGAUGUGUUUUCAACCCCUGAUGACUAUAAAGAUACUGAUAAUAAAAGGCAAUAA